AUGAGGAGCUCAUUAUCUUUUACUGUGCUGGCAGCUGUUUCAGCUACGGUGUCCGGGGCUAUUAUUCCUCUCAAUGGGAUUCGUCUCCCGGGCUAUGAGCCGAGCCCAGGCACUAGAGGCAGCCAUGUUCCGGCCUGGUUUGCUUCAUUAGUUGCUGGAUUGCCGUUCCCAGGCUCGAUUAAGGUAACUCCAAGCUCCUCGAGCUCGAGCUCGUCCACUACAACGUCGAUUACUAGCUCUGUCAUCCCAACUUCGCCGACAUUGGGCAGUUCGCCAGUGGCAGCUACGCCAACAACCAUCACUCCAGUUAUGCCGACUGUAGCCUCACCUGCCAGCUCAGCAAUGACUUCAAUCGAGUCCGAGCAUGCGCCCGAGCCGGUGACAUCGGUCCUAACUCUCACGCCGGUUCAUGACUCAACACCCUCUAAAUAUGCUGCUCCUGCCACGAAGACUUGUGCUGGUCCAUCCCAAAAAUCAUCCAAUGCUUACUGGUUGGAUGACAUGGACCAAAAUCAACAGGGCGCAGGUUUUGCCCCUUACGUGAACGGCACGAAUAAAUAUGCAGUGUACCGGAAUGUUAUGGAUUACUCAGUUGUGAACGACGGAUCGGGCGACCAGACAGCGAAAUUGCAACUUGCAAUUGACGAUGAUAACAACGGCGGUACCCGUAAGGGCAAGGGCGUGACGCGCUAUCCUGCCGAGGUGUAUUUGCCUGGCGGCAUAUACACACUAAAGAGCACUCUCAAGCUGACUGUUGGCACAAUCAUUGUUGGAAACCCAUCCAACCCACCCAUAAUUAGAGCGGCUCCAGAUUUCGUGGGACAAUACCUCGUCUUGGGUUACGACGAAAAGGCCGGCCAACCGGAGACCAGCUUCAUGACCUUGGUAAAAAACGUCAUCCUUGACACAACUGCGGUUGCGCCUGAAAAUUCCAUCACUGCGCUUCAAUGGGGUGUGGCUCAAGGAUCUGGACUCACGAACGUGCAAAUCCGUAUGCCAGUUGGAUCUACGGGACACACUGGUAUCGAUAUUUUGGCCGGCUCAACCAUUGCCGUGACGGAUGUGACUAUUUCAGGCGGUGCGACCGGUAUCAUCAACUCUAACCAGCAAGUCAACUUCAAAAACAUAUAUUUCGAGUCUUGCGAUACUGCAUUUAAUGCCAAGGGCGGAUGGACUGUUCUUUUACAGAGCGCAACUUUCGUCAGCUGCAAGCUCGCUAUUGACAUGGGUGGAAACGGCCUGGGAAGCAUGGUGCUCCUCGACUCAAAAUCGUCAGCUGCUCGUGGGCCUGUUGUCCGAUUAUAUGACUCGUCCCAUGAUAGCGGGUACCAGAAUAGCCAACUUCUCAUUCAGAACUUGGUCCAUGACUCUUCAACAGCCAUUGUAGUUGGUGUCAAUGGAUCGACACAUCUGCCCUCCUCGUCUCAUGUUGACACUUGGGCCUGGGGUACUACUGUUCCCGGUGGAUACGAGACUGGUAAAAGUUGGACCACUCAGCAGCCUGCAAACCUGCUUGUUGAUGGAAAAUACUUCAUCAAGGCUCAACCAUCUUAUGCGGAUUACGCCAGCAUUGAUAUUGUCAAUGUGAAGACUGUCUCUGAGCAUCCGGUUAUGGGCGAUGGCCGCACUGAUGAUACCCAAUCACUGAACCAUAUCUUGGCUGAAAAUGCAGCGAACUGUAAGAUCACCUACUUCCCAUUCGGAGUCUACCGAGUUUCGGAUACCAUCAUCAUUCCUGUGGGCACACGUAUUGUCGGUGAGGCAUGGGCCGUCAUCUCGGGAUACGGUGAUGCUUUCAAGGAUUCAUCCGCUCCCAAAGCUAUCGUCCGAGUUGGAAACCCGGGCGAUGUUGGAAAUAUUGAAAUCCAAGACAUGCGAUUCUCAGUCGGCGAAGUGCUUCCUGGAGCCAUUGUUGUAGAGAUAAAUGCGGCUGGCGCACAGCCCGGUGAUGUUGGCAUGUGGAAUACCCUGGUGACAGUGGGCGGUACAGCCGAGACAGCCAUUUCGAACACCUGUACUUCACAAGACACCAAGGACUGCAUGGCCGCGUACAUGGUGAUGCAUCUCACAGAGAGCUCAUCUGCAUAUAUCGAGAACUUCUGGGGCUGGACAGCAGACCACAACCUCGACAGCACUUCCAUUUUUACCGUCAUUUCCACGGGUCGCGGCAUCCUCGUCGAGUCAACAAAAGCAACCUGGCUUACGGGAACAGGCUCCGAACACCACUGGCUGUAUCAGUACAAUUUCCACCACGCCGCCAAUGUCUACGCAGGCCUCCUCCAAAGCGAGACACCUUAUAUGCAAGGCUCAGGCGAAUACGAGAAGGCACCCGCCCCAUGGACCGUAAACGCCCAGCUCGGCGACCCAGACUUCUCAUGGUGCAGCGCCGAUGACGAAAAAUGUCGCUCAGCCCUCGCGACCAACAUCGACGGCGGCUCCAACAUCGCGCUCUACAACUCGGCAGCUUGGGCCUUCUUCGACGGCUACUGGAACGGACUAUACAACGAGCCCUGCGACGGCAAUUGCCAGAGUAACAUGAUGCGCGUAACAGGUGCACCGGUGAAUUUGAUUUGGUAUUCCAUCAGUACUCGGAAGACGGAUGUCAUGGUGCUUGAUGGAGUGACAAACCCGCGUGAGGCGAAUCAUGCCGGUGGAUGGGAGGCUGUUAUCCAGGCAUAUCGACAGUUUGAGACUUGA